CUGCUCCUGUAAAAGAAUUACCGUAUUUUUCGCUUUAUAAGACGCACUUUUUUCCCCCUCAAAAUACAGGGAAAAAGUCAGUGCGUCUUAUAAACGCAAUAUGACCUCACGUGGGCGAAGCUAGAGGGGAACAGAACAGCAGGUCCGCAAUGCCGCCGCGCCUCACGAACACUACAGAAGGAGAAGAGGAGGAGGAAGAGGAAGAAGAAGAGGAGGAGGAGGAGGAGGAAGAGGAGGAGGAGGGGGGCAGCUCUCCAUUUGGGGAGCUCCCUUGUCCUCCUUACCCAGGCAACACGGAGCCGUCAGGGCCCCCCACUGGUUACCUGACACCCACCAAAGAGGGGGGCGCCGAGGAGGUGCCAAACGGGACAGCUGGGCUUCGCCCUUCCUCCUCUUCCUCUUCCUCCCCGGACAAUGCCUUCCUGGGAAGCCCCAAGCCGCCUUUGUUGCCUCCAGACCUGAGCCCCUUCGCGGUGGAGCCCCAAACACCCGGGGGUCUUUCUCCCACCCUCCAAGGCUUUUUAGACAGCCCCGUCAGCUUCUCCGUGGAAGACCUGGACUUUUUCACCAGCACCCUCUGUACCCUCGAUCUGCCGCAGUUGGACUUCCAGUAAAUAGAGCAACCCUCGUCCUUUUUCUCUUCCUUCCUGAUCUGCCUUGGGUUUCUAGGGGCCCCUGUGAAUGGCAUAGACACGCAGACAAAAGCACAGACAUCCGCUCUCCCUCAAACCAUCUCAAUCCUGAAUGAUUUCUCACCCUCUUCUAACCAUCUGUGGAAUGUCCAGGGUGAGAGAAAGAACGCUUGUCUGCAGGUUUGAAUGUUGCAGUUG